AACCAUCGAACGAGCUGGCGCAACGGCGUCUGCGUGCGUUUAAAAAUUAUUAUUAUUAUUAUUUUGCUUUUUUUUGACAAUUUGUUUUUGUUUGUUUGUGCACUGAAAACUGUGCAUUUGUUUGUGAUUGAAACGCGACACACUAGUGCGUUAAAUAAUUGAAUAAAAGUGUGCUCGUAAAUUGAUGAUAAACGUGAGCUUUGCGAUUGAUAAAUUGAAUUCAGACUUUGUUGUUGUUGAUGUUGGUGGUGUUGGUGUUAUUGCGGUUUCUUCUUACAAACUCGUUUACUCGCUGUGUUUUGUUUGUUUGUAUUCGCUGCAGCAGCAGCAGCGCGGCACAUUCAGAUGUAAAUUUCAUGCCACACACAACACAAAAAAUGAAUGGACAUUUUUGAGAGAAUAAGAACUAAAUUAUAUUCAAUGCAUUCCCUGUUGCGACAACAACAACAAGACGAACUGCAGCAACAACAACAACAACAUCCACCACCAAGUGAGCGAAGCGACAACGACGCCAACGCGGGCAACGCAGCAGAAACAACAACAACAACAAUAUCAAUAAUAACAGUUGGUAAACUGUAGCAACAGUUGAGGCGGCAAAAAGAAACACAGAGAAAGAGCGAGAAAGGGAGACGUAUACAGUUGUAAAAGAUGUCAUUGACGAAAAAGGAUCCAUCGCUGCGAGUUGCCGCCUCGGAUCCACAUUUGGUUAGCUUAGGAGGCGGUCGCCUGAGCACCGCCGUCACCAUCCACUACAUACAUAUUGGUGACACGACCAUCGGAUCGGCGCCAAGCUGCAGCAUCUCAUUGAACGGGAGCGGAGUGCGUCCGCUGCACUGCACCAUCUAUCGCAGCGACAGCAACGAGGUGACGAUUGUCCCCGAGCCAGAGGCGCGUCUGUUGAUCGACGGGGCGCACAUCGAGGGCGAGGAGGUGAAACUGAGCCAGGGUGCCAUGAUCACCAUUGGCAAUUCGAAUUAUCUGCGCUUCAACAAUCCCGACGAGGCGCAAAUGAUGCGCUCCGCCAUGGGCUCCAACGAGCGCAUCUCGAUGCCCCACAUCGAUUUCACGCAACAGUCGACGCAAUCGCAGUCGCAAUCGCGUCACGAGGCCCGCGAGCGAGAGCUGGAGAGCUUCUACGAGAGCAUCAUCAAUCCCUUCAAGCACAACGAGACGGCGCCCGAGAUGAAUAUGCAUGGUGUGCAGUGUCCAAAGGUGUUUAGUUCCGAUCUGGUCACCGUAAAUAUGCCGGCACGCGAUGUUCUCGGCCAGAAGUAUGCGAGCUUUGCCCGUAAUCUCGCCGAGAAUCAUCGCAGCGACAAGCAGCUCAACAAUCAGUAUGCCAAAAAUCAAUUGCCAGGCGGCAGCAAUGUGAAUGGCAUUGGCCACAAUGCCGGCUACUGCAAUGUGCCCAGCAAUGCGGCGAUCUUCAAGCAACAGCAGCAGCAAGCGCAGGCACAACAUCCACAGUCACAAUCUGUGCCCGCUGCCGAGCUGUUGACCAAGGUGAACAAUGUGGGCUACGAUCGCUAUCCCAAGCCGGGCACCUAUACGGCGGGCGGUCUGCAGAUCUAUGCGAUGAAUGGCAUCAACACGGAGCUCAACAGCGGCGUCGAGCUGGAGGAUAUGCUAAAGAUAUGCACCGAAUACGCGGAUCGUCAGCAGGAGCAGCAGCGAGAGCGGGAACGUGAGCGUGAGCACAACAGCAGCAGUAGUCAUGGCAUGCACAAUGCCUCGUCCGGCAAUGCGAAUGGCAGCAGCAUUACCUCGUCGCCCAUUGUCCAGAAUCGGAUCAAGACAAACGGCUCGUUGCCGCGCGACAAGAAGUCACCGUUCCAGCAGCAUGCCAGCGCCGGCGGCAGCAGCAGCAAUCUGGCCUUGGUUAGCAGCACCUCGGGCUAUGAGAAUGUGCGUCUGCUGGGUCCGAAUCGUGUCGAGAUCAAUGGCCAGCUGCACGUGUCCUCCUCCGCUGCUUCAGCCUCCAACUCCAACUCGACUGCUGCUGCUGUUGCAACGUCAACUGCCGGCAGCGGCGCAACAAACUCGAAUCAUGAAAGUGGAACGGGCGGCGGCGGUAAAUAUGUGCCACAAAGUCCGCGCACCAAAAUACGAACCAAUUGCAUGUCACCCAAGAAGGAUGUGUCCUUUGGCAAUGCCUUUGCCGCAUCGCAGCAAUCGACACCGGUUGCAGCUGUGGUUAAGCCACCGCUGGCCCCAAAGCCACCGCCUCCGAAUCAACAGCGCGACUACGAGCAGCUCUUCAAGUCGUUCGAACGCAAACAGCAACUGGAGCAGCAGGAACAGCGUCAGGUGCAAGUGCAAAUGACGCCAGCGAAGCGCACCAACAAGAAUAUCAACAAUCUCACCCUCAAGCUCAACGAAUCAGAAACAAUGCAUCAGGCCUCGCCCAAACCCAGUCGAAAGCCAGCGCCAGCGCCGCGCAGCAUCAAUGCGGAGCAGCGACAACGUCGUGAGCUGCUCCAGCGUCGCAAGCAGCUCAAACGCGAGUUGGCCGAACUGCCGCCAAACACCGAACAUAUCGAGGUGGAACCAAGUGAUCAUCAGUCGCUGACGUCGCGACCCAGCACGCCGAGGCAGCAGCUGCAGGCACUGCAGAAUCGCAUUCAUCGCCUGGAGGCGCAACGCAAUGCCACGCGGGUGAUGGAGGAGAAUCAACAGGCGAAGCUCAAGCAGUCCAUUGAAAUGAAGCAGGAUCAGCUCAAUAAACUGCGCGCAAUGCUGAAGCAAAAGCCGAACAAUGCCUGCCUCAAAGAGGAGCUGGAGCACGUGUGCGAAUCCCUCGACAGCGAUCGUAAGAACUUCGAGGAUCUCGAAUUUCAAUACUUUGAGGAGGAGUCAGAGCAUCAUGCGUGCCACGAGGAACUGAAGCGACAAGAGCAGCGUUUAACACUCGAAUCCGAGCUGGCAUCCUUGGGCAUACAGCUGGGACCCGACGAACCCGGCGAGGAGUCCACAACAGCAGCGACGACGACAACAACAACACCGUCGCACAGUGGACGCAGUUCACCCGUUGCCAAUGGCAACAACAGCAGCGGAAGCAGCAGCAAUCUGAUUAAUGGUGUGAUGUCGCAAUCGCUCUUUGGCUCAGCGGAAUUGCUUUGCCCGAAGCGACGCAACGAUGAUGAUCUGAUGUCGAAGAGUGUCAACGAGAACAUGUUCUACAACAAUAAUAAGAUCGAAUUGCCCCACGGUGGUGAUCAUAAUAAGGUGACCACAAGCACACCCAAACGUCCGCCAUUGCAGAUCUAUGAUGCGGGCAGCUGUGAACAGAUUAGCUUCAAUUUAUCGCUGCGCAGCGAUAGAUUCGAGGUGAAUCCGUUGGAGCGUCGUGUGCCCUCGCAGGAUGACAUCGAUCGUAGCUGCAAGGUGGCCAACGAUGCACCCAUCUCGACCAGCCAGGGCGCCAGCACAAAGAUCUUUGACAGCAUCAAAGAGAUUGAGCGCAAUCGCAAGCUGCUGCUUGCCCAACAAGGUCACCAGGUCAUCGAGCACGAGCGUCAGAAGAUCUAUGACCUGAAGAAGAAAAGUCACGACGAGGCACGCACCCAAUACUUGCGUUCCACGCAGCAGACAACGACAGAGGCACCGCAAUCACCACAGCUGCCUCAUGCCCCAUUGAAUGCCAACGGCGGCAAAGAUGCCAAACUCUUUGAGAAAACCGAAUUGCAGAAGCUCAACGAAAAGGAAACAAUUAAUGCGUCAGCUGAUGGCAGUCCAUUAACAACAAUAACAAAGACCACAACACCAACAUCAACAACAACAAAUGCCGGCCAACAACAGCAACGUCACUCGCAACCGGAACUGGAGCAUCAUGGCAUUGUAGGCGUUGUGGCGCCCACAGCACGCAGUCCACGUCCGCUGUCCGAGGCGAACAACUGUGAUGCCUCGAUUGAGGCACCUAAAUUUGCCAAUGACAGCACAUCAACAGCAGCGCAACAACAACAGCAAGGCGAGAACAACAAGCGAGCCAGCAGCAAUAGCAACUCACAGGAUACGGCAUCAGCGGGCAGCGGCAGCGGGGGCAGCAGCAGCGGCGCCGGCACCGGCAGCAGCAGCACAGCCAGCGUCAAUGCGGUGAAUGCGAAUGGGGAACGGAAACGUGCGCUCGCCAAGCAUCAGCGUCCCUUGACACGCUACCUGCCCAUCUUCUCGCCGGAUCUGAAUCUGCGGCAUCACAUCGAAACAGCUGGCCAUCAAAUCGAUCUAUGUCCGCAUGUGUUUGUCGAUGCACAAAGUUGUCGCGGUUACCUGCAUAAAUUGGGCGCCACGUUUCAUGCGUGGUCACGUCGUUGGUUUGUUCUCGAUCGUCAGCGCAGUGCACUCAUCUAUUAUUCGGACAAAUCGGAGCGCAAGCCAAGAGGAGGCGCCUACUUUUCGACCAUUGAUGAGGUGUAUCUGGAUCAUUUGAAUGCCUCGAAGAGCGGUCGACCGCAUUGCACAUUCAUUGUGAAGACGAAGAAGCGCAGCUACAAUCUACAGGCUGCAUCCGAUGCAGCGGCACGCAUUUGGAUUGAUGCCAUCAUAACCGGAGCCCAGGGCAAUUUGGACUAUUGAGCAAUACGGAUAUACUACUACUAUAUACAUAGAUAGCCUGAUAGUUACUAGUUAGAAAGAAGAAAGAAGCCGCCAUCAGCCGCCUGUAAAGCUCAAUUAAGAUGUAAACUAAUCUAAACUGUAAAACUCUGUAAACUUGUAAAACUGUAAAGUUGUUUAGUCAUGUAAGGCAGCUCAAUCGAACAGUGAAGUGAGGUAGUCUCUAGCCAAGGUUACAUAAUCUCCUCGUAUGUAUCCAACAAAAACAAAAAAAGAAGAACCCAAGAAACUAAGCAAACCAAUUUUGGCAACUAACGAAAUCCGAGAUUUCAGUACUGGACCAAAGUGAAGAAUGUAUUUUUUAUGCUUUUAAUUUGUCAUAAUCUAGACUUUAGCAAGCUAAGCAAUUAUUUUUACGAACACCCACAUACAAAACUAUAUAUAUAUAUCUACGCAUACAUAUAUCGUUGACAGUCCUAAUGCCAAUAAUAACGCGCAAACCAUUUCAUCAACUAUUUUAACAACAACAACAAAUUACUAAUAACCAAAUGGACCUUUGACUACUUUAUAUAUAAAACCAUAUAUAUACAUACUUGAAGUUUUGAUGUGAAUUUAAUUUAAUUAUAAAGUAUACAUCUACACAUACAUAUAUAGCUAUAUAUAUAUAACAGAUAUAUUUGUGUGUAUUUUUAUAAAAAACCACUUUUAGGCAGCAACACGGCGAAAUUGAUUUUCAAUUUUGCGUGUUCUCAGAAACAAAUGAAAGAAAACAAAAGCCAACGGACUUCAAACAAAACUCUGUGCUCAGGCAACUGAAAAUGAUAAUCAAAAAUUAAAUAAAAAUAAAACAUAAUAAUUAAUAUAAUUAAAUGCUAAUUACAAGGAAUAA